AUGGAUACAGAGGAGGACACUCAACCUGUUGAACCAAAGUUAUAUUUUAGUGAUCCAAGCGUCUAUGGAAAUCAUGGCAAGAUUUCAUCAAGGUGUCAAAUUGCUAGUACGCUGGAUAUGUUACAGAAGCUCGAACCAUCAGAAAAGGAAUGGUUUAAGAAACACAAGCAGUUCAGGCACGUAUGGCACAUGGCUAGGCACGAAAAUAAUAAGGUUAUGGCAAUGUGGAUGCUUCUAUUACGAACUGCUCGUAUAGAGAAACGUAAAGUCUGCUGGUUCGUAGUGAAUGGCGUACCCAUACGCUAUUCAAUGAGAGAACAUGCUCUCAUCACUGGUUUUGAUUGCCAUGACUAUGAGUUAGGAUUUAAUGAGAAGGAAUAUGGAAAUUUUGACUUUGUCAAAAGGGUUUUUGGGUCUAAAAAUGUUACAGUGAAGGAUGUGGAAGAGAAGCUAGAUUCAAUGAAGGAUAAAUGCAAUGGAGAUCGCUUGCAAGUGGCUGUCCUUUUAUUCUUAGCCAAGAUAGUGGGUGAUUUGAAAGCGGUAGAAACAUUUCCAUGGGGGCGAAUGACUUUUGAAGACAAUAUCAAAACGAUAUAUCAAGAGAUGGAACAUUGCAAAGGCAAAGUGCUAGAUCAAAUGUUAUUUCCAGGGUUCAUAAUUCCUCUUGAGGUUUUGGCGUUUGAGUGCAUUCCCCAGCUGUCCAGAGAAUAUCAAGAAGUGGUAAUAGGCGCUAGAGAUGGCUGCCCAUUGAUGUGCAAGAAAAAACUCAAAGAUUCUUUGAUGAAAGGUUAUCCACUUGAAGAAAUAAAUGAAAAACUUGGAACAAAUAAGGACAUCAUAAGUAUCUUAGAACCAUUAGAGGAGCAGCAAGAUCUUUUGCAUCGCAUCAUGGAACAACAUGAAGAUGAUGAUUUUAUGGACCCAAUUGCUGAUGAAUGGAACAAGCGUCUCGAUGUAGAGAAGAAGGAGAUUUGGUGGGAAAAUCUUUAUAAGUUAGAUAUUGCUUCUCGAGGAUUUGGAGAGGCAAAUGUUCCACAAGUCAAACAUUUGGAGGAGCAGCAACAAGAAAACGUGUCAGCAGCUGAACAUAUGGAGGAGCACCAACAACAAAGAAAUCUGACUAGUUUGAAGGAGCUUGAGGAGAGGUUGAUGAAAGCCAUGGAAAAUGGAUUCAUAGAAGUUAAUCAGAAGAUAGAUAAGAAGAUAGAUGAAUUUGAUAGGAGGCUCAAAAAUAUUGAAAGCUUGGGAAUGAAUUUCCAGUAUAGAGAGAAUAUUGGGAAUGCAUUUUCUGCAUGGAGAGAUGCUGAAGCUGGGAGGACAGAAGGAGAAUGA